AUUCCUAAAACGUUAUUGAUAAAUAAGAAUCGACUCAGUUUCGAUUUAUGCCGGCAAGAUGUCCAACAUUACUCACAAAAGGACAGCAAAUGGUGAAGACGAGAUCCCUUCCAAAAUUACCAAAAGAAAUAGGGAAGAGGUGCGACACGGAAGUUAUCAACAAUAUUAUGAGUACCGCAGCCAAGACAGUCGCCCGAACUACAUUGGGAAGUGUCUACCUGAAUGCUUGAAGAAGCUUAGUAAAGAAACAUCAGCAAAAGAUAUUUACCUGCUUGACAUUGGUUGUAAUAGUGGCAAGCUCACGCAUGAAUUGUUGAAAGAAGUUCAAAGCGUUUGCCCAGAUCAGCCAGUCCAUGGGCUCGGAGUUGAUAUCGAUGAAGAACUAGUUGAAAGAGCCACCGUUGAUUAUGGAUCGAAGUUUUUGGAGUUCGAUCAAGCGGACAUUAGUUCGAUGGCAACUAGUAAAGCAACGAAUCAGAUCGAAAAGUACCUGACUAAAAAAGGCAUCAAACGGUUUGACUUUAUAUGCUGUUUCUCUGUCCUGAUGUACAUCCAUCUGAAUCACGGUGACGAUGGUCUGAAAAGGGUGCUGGAUUAUGUUUGCUCACUUACGGAAAUGCUGGUGCUAGAGCUGCAAGGUUGGAAAAAGUAUCGGGAUCAUGCUCGUAGGAUGCGGCGUAGCGGAGGCGGAGAGUACGAACAUUAUGAAACGCUGGAGUGGAGAGGUAGUAAUGGAUAUCUGGAGCAGCAAAUUAGCGAUUAUGUGGCUUGCAAAGGAUUUACGGUGAUCUGUAACUCAGAAGAGAAAAAUGAAUUCAAUCGGGAGGUGGUGAUCUAUGCAAGGAAUAAAGCUUGAUGAUGUUGAAAGAA